GUUUGCUCGUCAAAACGUAGAAAUUUGUUCAAACUUUGUAUAUAAAAGUAAAAACAUUGAAAGAGAGACUCUGAUUUAAUUAAACAAAGAACGACUGUAGAAAUACAAUGGCUGUUCCAGAAGACAAGGAGAGGGAGCGCGUGUACAAGGUAGUACUGUUGGGCAACUCACCGGUUGGGAAGACGUCAUUCGUAGAGCGCUACGUGAACAACCGAUUUAGUGGUACGAACAGGGCUACCAUCGCAGUUGAUCGUACUGUGAAAGUUUUACAGAGAAACGGAGACACAAUCAAACUAGAGCUAUGGGAUAUUACAGGGCGAGACAGAGUUGCACAGUUUUCUAGAGUCUACUAUAAAGGAGCUGCUGGAUGUAUCAUUAUGUUUGACUUGACCGAUCGACGGUCGUUUGAAGAUGUACAAAAAUGGAAGUUAGAUUUCGACAGUAUAGUUAGAAAUCGAGGCAAGAAUCUACCAUGUUUGCUACUAGCAAACAAGUCUGAUCUAGGGCAAAGAUGUGCUACGAUAGAUGAGAUAAAUGCAAUGAGCAAGGACAAUGGUUUUAGCAAUUGGACAGCUAUUUCUGUAAAAGAGAACAAGCUUGUCUCUCGAUCUAUGGACCCUUUGGUUGAUAUUCUUAUUGCUGAAGAUGUGGGUAAUGAUGUGGAAGAGAGAAGUAAUAACGAAUGUGAUGGGUUGUGGCUUGAAUUGAAACAAUUUGCCGUUGCUUGAAUUGAAACAAGAGAAAAAAAAGACAAAGUCAAACGGUCAAACUUCAUUGCAAGGAUGCUGUGCGUAGGCUAACAUUGAAGGCUUAACCUCAUUGAUAUGAAAUGGCAUUAUUAUGUUGCACAGAUUUUUCAGAUUUCUAGUUUUCUUUGUUCUACUUUUGAUGCAAUUGUUGUUGUCGAUUUGGUUUGUUUUUAACAAUAGCUUAAUUUGCAACAUGUAGUAAUAAUAUUAUAUUACAUGAAUCUGGAA